AUGAGGAGGAAGCCCUUUUGUUGACGCGAGCACAUUCUUCACGUCUGGCGUUCACGAUAGCGCGCACGCACGCACCCACACACGCGCGCACGCACGCACCCACGCACAUGCGCGCGUGCGUGCGCGCAUGUGCGUGGGUGCGAGUGGCGACGCCUGUUCCUUGACGACCGGUUUUGUUGAUACUUUCGUCCCAGUGCCGGGAUGCAUCCGCUUCAAGUGCGCCGGGGUGGGUUGGAGGCAGAAUUUGCCCGCAGGGACAAUAACAGUAACCGUACUUCUCUCUCCGGGACAGGUAACAUUCAAAUUCUUGAUUCUUGACUUCACCGAAAGAACCAAGAAUAUUAAUCGCUGCAGUCACGAAUGCUUUGAAUCAAAAGCGUGAGUUGGCGCAGGUUCCCGGCUAACGUCGCCGCGUAGCUACAGAUGUCGGCCUUCCUGUCGCGGCCCCUGGGUCCCGGGUCCAGUUGGACUCCCGGCUCAGGGUCAUGGCCCGGCCCGACGGUCGGGGCUUCUCCUCCUCCACCGGACGAGCUCUUGGCGGCCGCGGUGGGAGACGUGGCGUGGAUGGAGCUGAGCCUUGUGAAGGCCGGGUCGCUUCUCCGGGAGGACGGACACGGCCUCACGGCGCUGCACGUGGCCGCGCUGCACUGCCGCCUGAGCUGCCUGCGUCGGCUACUGGAGCGCCACGGCGUCGACGUGGAGCUGGCGAGCUCCACGGGGUGGAGGGCCCUGCACCUGGCGUGCAACGCGCGCCGGGGCGCCCGGAGCGCCCUGGCGUGCGUGCGCUACCUGCUCACGAGAGGGGCCCGCGUCAACGCGCGCAACGAGGAUUCGGUGACUCCGCUGCACGUGGCCUCCAGCGAGGGGCUCCUGGGCUGCGUUCGGGCCCUGCUGGAAGCCGGAGCCGACCCCUCUGCCCGCGACCUUCGCCAGCACCGGCCAGUGGAACUGGCGAGACUGUGGGGCCACCGCAAGUGCACCAGGCUCCUCGCCAGCGUCAUGUGGAUGGACGAAAAGAACGAGGCCGCCACGGAGGACGUCGAGCUCCUGAAGAUGGGAAGACACUUCCUGGCAAAGGAGAAGCGACACUUUGCCAAAUGCGAGGAUGAACGCCAAUUCGUCAACGCGAUGUCCUUCCUGGGCUGGCUGGAGGACAAGCGACUUCCCGCACCCCCGGCCCCCCCACUCGCGCCUCCGGUCCCCGACUCCCGCCGACGCCGGGGGGGCCACGCACGCGGUCCGCAGCGGCGGGGGGGGCAGGGAGGCGGACAGCCCGGAGGGGGGCUGCCCGAGACGACGGCUCCGGCGAGACGAUCGCGGGACGCGCCGGGCCGCACCACCGGCACGAGGCUCCGGCCGGGCACCAACCUCCUGUGCACCGGGAGCGUGACCGCCCGCGGGGUCGCCGACGCGCUCCCGACCCUGACCCCGCGUGAGCCUUGGAACGUGAGCACCAACCCGAGCAGCGCCCCCCGUACGGACAUCGCGAGGCCGCCCGGGGGCGCGCCCGGCGUGUGGCCCGACGACGACGACGACGACGAUGACGACGGCGAUGACGACGGCGAUGACGACGAGGCGACGUCCAAGCCGGGGAAGGAACGCCACCGCGCUGGCGGAAAGCUCUCUCCGGGCAGCCGGCGAAGGUUCCGCACGUUCGUGCUCGACAGGGUAGCGGAGGAGGCCGAACGAGACUACGGUCGCGGCGACGACGAGGGCGACGGCAAUGAUGGUGGUGGUGGUGGUGAUGGUGGUGGUGGUGGUGGUGAUGGUGGUGGUGGUGGUUGCGGUCGGAGGGCCGAAGCGGUGCACCGCGCGUUGCAGGGUCGUGGCCGAAGGGUCCCAGCUUCUCGCCUCCGCGGGCCCCGGGACUUCACGGCUCGAGAGAGCGUGACGGAGCUGCCGAGGAAGCGGGGCCCCCGAGACGCCUCGCGGCUGCGUGGAGAGGUGGCCAUGCACCUGUGCCAGACGGCGCAGUCUGUGCUCUUCUUGGGCACGUGGAGCGAGCAACGAGAUGUGUGACGUGUCGCACGUGUGUGCACAUUAUCAGAUGCCCCCAUAAUCUGUUAUUAUUAGCGUCUGUUAUCUGUUAUCAUGUGUCGCGUUUGUGUGUGUGUUAUCAUAUGUCACGUUUGUAUGUG